GGCAAGUAUAUUAAAAAACAUUUGACUAACAUUAGUUAAAAACUAUGGUGAUAUGGUAUGUCUUGCUGCUGUUUUUUUUUUUUUUUUUUAAUGUACAGUGGUGCCUUGAAAUACGAAUGACCCGAGUUUUUCAAGAUACUGUAUCAGUCGUCAUUUUUUUUUUUUGCUUUGACUUGCAAAGAAAAAUUUGAGAUACAAUCACUGUAUGAUGGCAGUGAACUCAACUCAACUCACUUCACACCAAACAGCAGUUUGGCUGAUACAGUUCUUCAGAAAAGAGUCUUCAAGCUAUUCAAUGCCACUCUCAGUUUAAAUUUACUGGCAAACUAAACAUGAAACACUUAUGUAUUUAAAACAACCGCAUCGCUUUGCCUUACGAUAGUCGGUUUAGCCUAACGCUAACAAACAAUGAAAAAUGCCACACACGGGCUAAGGAAUAGCAUUAGUCUCAUAGUGUUGUAACCCUUUAAGCGACUGAUAUUUGAAAACAAAAGGUGGAGCAACAUGUAGACAGACAAUACAAGAAGUCUCACAGACAUGUAUUCUUUAUCCUUUGUGAAAAAUUAUUAUUACUGUAGCUAACCGAGCCUGCUGUGAAACUCUUCUCUGUGUGUUUCUCUGUAUAUACUGCCCUCAGGUGGCCGAGGUGCGCACACCAGAAGGAGCAGCACAAUGUGUUUUAAAAUGAAGGAAAAAUGUGGCAAAAACUGUUUAAUUCUCUCUAUUGUAUUUAAUUAUAAAAGUUCUUUAUGUUAUUAUAAACUUCACAAUGUUUUUUGGGGGGCUGGAGCAGACUAAUGCUAUUUCCAUUCAUUUCAAAGGGGAAGGAUGAUUUGAGAUACGAUUGUUUUAGUAGUAAAAGAUAUAGUAAAUGUUACACAGAAUACAUUUUAACACACAUACUAAUACAACGCUGCUGAGAAAACACCCAGCUAUAUUGUUGCAAUAAAAAAAGACUGUUUUCAUCACAUUCAUAUGGUUUAGACUAUAAAAUGAGACUAAACUUGAGUGUCUCCUCCCCACAGGUACUAAUUGAGUAUGUCUAACUCUCAGUUGCACUGGCGGUGAUCACAGCGGUCACAAGAUGGUCAAAAGUGUCAUGGUAGCUUAUGCCCUGUGGGCAGUGGGUGGCCUUUUUGGUGUUCACCAUUUAUAUUUAGGGAGAGACAGUCAUGCACUUUUAUGGAUGAUAACCCUGGGAGGUUUCGGCAUAGGCUGGAUCAGAGAGCUUGUACGUAUUCCAACAUAUGUGGGUGAAGCCAAUCAAGAUGCAGAAAAGGAGAGGAGAAGACCCUCCACCAUCCCCCCUCCACCAGUAAACCCAGUUAGAUUCGCUGGCCAGAUGUGUGUUGGGAUCUACUUUGGCACUGUGGCACUGAUUGGACUGAGCUCCCUUAGUUUUUUCUACUUGCUUGUUCUUCCUUUAUGUGUGGGUGCAGGGGUGCAUCUGGUGUCCACUGUUGGCCAGCAGACCUCUGAUCUCCAAAAAACGCUCACAGCUAGUCUCAUAACUUCCCCCAUAUUCUACGGCAGCACUUUAUCCCCUCUGCCAAUUAGCCUGGCAGCCAGUGUCAUUGCCACACAGCAUCGCAAGUACAAGAAACCUCAGGCGACAGGCAGCCCACAGGAACUUGGUCCACGGCUUUUCAGAUUGAGUCUCGCUUGGCUGGCUUUCUCUGCUCCAUUGGCAUAUUGUGUUUUCCAUAAUACCACCACCACAUUGUAUUACCUGUCUGACUGUGUGGCAGCACUGCUGGAUUUUUUUUGGUUCCUCCCUUGGCUCAGAAGUGCGCUGGAGUACAUUCUGUUAAUGCCCUAUCGCUUCUUGUGUGCCUUGACUGGAGAAGGCUAUUAUGAAGAGGCCUGGAAGAAAAUGCUGGAAAUACUCCUCAAAGACUAUACUGAGCAGGAAAAAGAGGCGCUGAAGGUUUUGUCACUGGGAGCAGAGGCCUCUUUUGAAGAGAUAACUCGUGGCUAUAGGGAGCUUGCCAAGACAUGGCACCCCGACCACAACCCCAGCAAGAAUGCUGAGGCGACGUUUGUUAAGAUUCAUGAGGCGUAUGACGUUCUUCUACGGCGGCACAGGCCCCGCCGGUUCAGAUAAUUCCUGAGUGGGAGUCACCUCAGUAAAAUGGCACAGAGAAGCGUAACUCAAUCCCACUGUCAUCAUCAUCCAUCCAUCCAUCCAUGUUCUUUUACCGCUUAUCCUAGGCUGCUGGAGCCUAUCCUAGCUACCUUCGGGCGGGAGCCGGGGUAAACCCUGAACCGGUCGCCAGGGCACAUAGAAACAAACAACCAUUCGCACUCACAUUCACACCUACGGGCAAUUUAGAGUCCCCAAUCAGUCAUAAUCAUUACGAGUGGAAAAAAACGAGUCAACUUGCCAUUCUUACCUUACAUCAUUUUACUUGUCAAGCAACAUCACAUUUCUGUCUGUUUGAACUCUUGGCUGAGUUGAGCUGUCAUCGGGAACACAAUUCAAUCAAUUUAAACAGCUUUAUUUAGAGAUUCCAGAUCCAGACAUUUGACAAAUAGUGAGCUAUUUGUCCUGUAGAUAAAUUUGUCGUUUACACUGGACUUCGUAGCACGGCCCACAAAGUACUGUAUUGAUUUACAAGCACGAGUUAAUGGUACAGUCGGUCUACUGAGAAAACAGUAGUUUGCUGCCCUCUUGUGGCACUUUAUUCGUAUCCUCCCUAAAACUGUUUGAUUUCACCAAUUCGCAAUGCUGCAUACUGCACUGUACUACUGUAAAAUACCUUGUCUGUUUUGUUUGACAUUUAUUGUUACACGUGCAACGCCUUGCAUUUUUAAUGCUUGGAUGAAUGUUAAACUGUAUAGUUUAAUUACGUAGUAAUACUAGUUGAAUAAAGCCACAAAAACACAUCAAAAGACAAUCACCAGUAAAAUAA